AUGGCCAGCACAACAGACGAGCUAGCAAAAUUCUCCAACGAGUCACUUCACUCCUACUCCUUCACCAGCGGGACGCACGAUAAGACUUUCGUCGAGGGCCGGCGGAGCAUCUUUUACCGAUCCAUCGACUUUAUGAAGCAAAAGAUCAAGGGCUGGCAGGUUCCCAUCUCAAAUGUCUUUCCUUACUCGGCUACAACCACCCCCACCGACAACUUCUCCAUCGGCGCCUACCCAUCACCAACCCCAUCCUCCUUCGCCAACUUCUCAGAGCCUACAACUAACGGAGGAACACAAAAACCAAAACUCAAGCGAACUAUGACCGACGUCCCGGCCUCGACUUCAACCCUUCAGCAGGUCAAAGAACGUGGAAAUCGGCCGCUCUCAAUCGCAACUAUCUCCACAGCAGCAAACUACAGUACUCUGCACUCGCCAACUCGGUUUCUGCCCCAGAGCCAGGCAAUGAUCACCACUGACCAGAACUGGGGCAUCAUCAUGGCCAACGAUGUCUCAUCGCUCGUCUUUGGAUAUCACGGAAGCGAAUUGACCACCAGAACCAUCCUCGAUCUGGUUGCCAGCCCAUACAAGGAAAAACUGGAAGUACUCCUUCACCAGCAACUGCAGGACGGCUCGUGCGAUAGCAAGGACGAGCAUGUGUUACUCUGCGGCAAAGUGAUCCGUAUUCAAAAACGCAACUCCCAUUCGGCAGCGGCGUCGGUCUGGCUCAAACAACGGAAAGACGCCAAUGGUCAGCUGCUGUACAUUUGGGUGUUUGAGGAGAUUUCCGAGUCGGUUGUUUCUGCAGUCAUCUCAAGCUCGGGAGAGAUUCUGAACAUCGAGGGAGCUAUCUUUGAUUUGUACGCUUACGACUACAUGGAAUUACUUGGUCGAUCCAUCACCACACUCAUCCCUGCUCUGGAGAAACUGCAAUCUGUCGACCCUGAUACCUCUUUUGCAACUCUGGAUGUGCACCAGAUCAACGUCAUCAAGUUCUUUGGCGCGAGGUCGAAAAACGGGAGCACAUUCCCGAUCAUUUGCAAAGUGUUGAACCCAUCCGAACACAUUGACCCUGAGGCGAACCCUUUCAAUCUGGAUCAUGAUUCCAUGGACGGUUACCUACUCCGUAUCAUCUCUAUGCCUGCGAUCGCCGGUGUGAUCACUUGCCACGACUCGGGGUUGAUCCAGAGUGCCAAUACCGUCUUUACCAAGUACCUCUUUGGAUACCCCGCUACAGAGCUGAACGAGAAGAAAUCUAUCAAUGACCUGAUACCCCAGUUCCAAUCGAUCUUGGACAAGUUGCUCGACGAGAAGGACCUGUCAGUAGACGAUGACUACGUGCGCUUGACAGAGGGUGCAAUUGUGACGGCGACGAUUAUCCGGAGAACAGCUGCCGAGGCGCCCAAACCAUCGAUCUUGUCGCCCGACUUUUUCGCCAAACCUCAGGACAGUAACUCAAACUCGACCACAGGAUCGCCCAGCAUCACCAACAGGCAGUCCUCAACCUUCAAACGGAACUUUGGCAUGUCGGCGCUUCUCAAGAGGACCAACAAUGCAUUCAUGUCAAAUUCUGGCAUUGUCGGACUGCACCGCGACGGAACUCCCCUCGAUGUUGAUAUCCAGAUCAGGAUGAUUGAAUCGCCUCAGGGACGGAUGUUUGCUGUUUGGAUCACCUAUGACCGCGACAUCAGCUUUACGCGUGAGCCCAACAGGAAACCAGCCCCGGCCCCUGCCCUGACGCCUUCAAAGUCGCUCUCGGAGGCUAUGGAGGAUCUGAGGUCGAUGGUGGAUUCGUCUACAGAAAGCGAGCAGAUGGUGCCGGAUGUGAAUGAGAACAUGAGCGAUGCAACCACAGAGGAUCUGCAGCUUCCCCGGACACCCAAGUCUGGCUACCUGCCCAAUGUCAAGACCUCACUCAAUCACCAUUUUUCGUCGGAUUCAGCAUCAUCGCUUUCGUCCUGCGCCUCUCCCGCCUCCCCCGCACCCUCGACGCCCUCCUCUCGCCUCUCGAUCGACAACAUGAAGUCACAGUAUUCGGCUGUGACCAAGCUGCAUAGCAUUGCAGACUAUGAUAUCCUCGAAUCGCUGGGCCAGGGAGCGUAUGGCCAAGUCAAGCUGUGUUGUCUGAAGGAAGGAUCGACCAAGGUGGUGAUGAAGUACAUUGUCAAGAGCCGCAUUCUGGUGGACUGCUGGACGAACGACAGGAUCCUGGGGAUGAUUCCCAUGGAGGUGUCGAUCAUGCACACGCUACGGAGGAUCCCUCACCCCAAUAUUGUUCUGAUGACGGACUUUUUCGAGGACGAGGAGUACUAUUAUGUGGAGAUGGCGCUUCAUGGAACCGGCAUGGACCUGUUUGACUAUAUCGAGCUGACGCCAUAUAUGACCGAGGACGAGAUCCGAGCAAUCUUCCGACAGAUCUGCGAUGCGGUGUACCAUCUGCACUCGAACAAAAUUGUGCAUCGGGAUAUCAAGGACGAGAACGUGAUUUUGGACCAGAAUGGCAAGAUCCAGUUGAUCGACUUUGGAUCGUCGGCGUACCUGAAGGAGGGCAAGAAGUUUGACACGUUCUGUGGCACACUGGACUAUGCGGCGCCCGAGGUUUUGACUGGCAAGAAAUAUGAGGGCCGCAAGCAGGAUAUUUGGGCACUCGGCAUUUUGCUCUACACCCUCAUCUACAAGGAGAACCCGUUCUACAACAUUGACGAAAUCCUCAGCCGCGACCUCCGCGUCCCUUUUGUCCUCUCCGAAGAAUCUAUUGCGCUGAUUAGGUGUAUGUUGUCGAGAGACAUUGAAAAGCGACCCCUGAUCGACGAUGUCCUCUCUCACCCAUGGAUGACCGCCCCUUCCAAAACCCCCGAGUCGUCAUCGACUGCAUAA